AUAAAGUGCGGGUACACGCUGUAACUUCAACUGACAGCUGCAGAACCCGCCGGAGCUCGUAGACAACAUAGCGUUAAACUUGCGGAGUCACGCCGAAACGCUGCCAAUAUGGAGUGGACCCCUAUGGAGAUCAACCCCGAGAUGCUGAACAUGUUGAUGAGAUGCCUCGGCGUGGGUGAAAGCUGGCGCUUCGUUGAUGUGGUGGGGCUGGAGGAUGAGCAACUCUCCUCCGUCCCGAAACCAUGCUGUGCCUUGAUGCUGCUCUUCCCGCUAACACAACAGCAUGAGUCUUUCAGACAGCAGCAGGCAGACAAGGUUGCAGGAGACUCUGAGGUUUAUUUCCUGAAGCAGACAGCAGCCAAUUCCUGUGGCACCAUCGCUCUGCUGCAUGCUGUGGCCAAUGACAAAAGCAAGCCAACAUUUGCUAGUGGCUCUGUCCUGAAGAAGUUUCUAGAUGAGACUGCAAACAUGUCUGCUGAUGACCGUGCCAAACAUCUGGAGAAGAACCAGGCAAUCCGUGAUGCUCACAAUGAGGUGGCAUCACAGGGCCAGUGUAGGCCGGAAGGAGACAACAUAAACUUCCACUUUAUUGCCUUUGUCAAUGUUAAUGGACAACUGUAUGAAUUUGAUGGGAGAAUGAAUGGACCAGUGAAGCACGGAGCUACCAAAGAUGAGACAUUCAUAAAGGAUGCAGCCAAAGUGUGCCGUGGAUUCAUGGAAAGAGAGCAUGGCGAGGUCCGUUUCUCUUCCGUGGCUCUUUGUCACAGUUAGAUAUUCAGUAGGACACACAACCAAAUUGUAAACCAAAAUGUCCUGAUCCAUUCACACGGCAAACACAAUCAGCAGGCGCCCGUAGCGACCUGUGAACACAUACAUCUGCAGACACUAUGCACUAUAAAGCACAUAUUGUUUCCACAUACUGCACUGUCAUCUCAUGAACAAAGCAUUCUUUAGCACCAGGACACACGAACACACCAUCAAAACCUUUUGUUCUGCUAAGUGAUACAAGCUUGUCCAAGACGUUUUAUGUGAUAUAUCUUUUAGCAAUUAAAAUUGUAAAACAUGAGGUCAGAUCUCACCACUGCUUGGAUGCAUGUGUGUGUUUAUUUAUUUUUUGUUUUGUUUUUUUUUUUGCUACUUUUUUUGUGUGUGUACUCAUUGGUGCAUCAGUGUCAAACUCAAACGACUGAUGCUUAAAUACCUUUUGUGCCAAUAAAGAGAGUAAAGAAAAGUGAAAGGAAGAAGGCAGAAAAUUUGUAUGGAAGGAACGUUUUGCCUUUUUCUCUGAAUGCCUUCAGUUCCUGUGUGGUUGAGUUUACAAGGAUCUGACAUUCCUCAGAACAGCCCAAAUGUAUCCGUAGGAAUAAUUUAACCAUUGUUCGGAACACGCACGCAACCUUUUGUGUGCAGAUUUUUGGUGUCACUCUGACAUUUCUCUGAAAACCUGACGUUUUCUUUGAGAAGUUUAAAUUGAAAGUGCAAAAUUAUAGUAGUGGAUUAUAGCCAUUUUCUCUGUUUACCUAUGUUUUCAAAAAUGAAUACAGUUGAGUUACGUUUGCACUUUGUUUGAAAAUGGCUGUUCAGUUAACAAUCCACAAAUGCUCCAAUACACUGUUGAUGUGCAAAUGUAAAACAGAAAAUACAAAACUUACAAAUGCGAUAGGGACCAUCGAAAUGAAGUACUACUAUAUGUUGGGUUGUUGUGCAGUGCAGGGUGAUAGUACUCUAUGUCUAGCCUGUGCACCUGUUUACCUUUCUGCACUUUUCAAAUACUAUGUUGCUGUAGUUCUACUGGUGUUGCAGCUGUGAGAAUUCAAUAAAGCAACCAUUAAACUCACGUGUCUCCUGGUGUGUUUGUAUUGAUUAAAACAAAAAGAGUGCUUGUGCACCUGCCUCCUAGCCUGCAAAAGGUACACUGAUUUAUGUUGAAUUUAGAC